UUGUGUAAAAUCUGUGAAAUUUGAAUGAGUUUUAUUUGUAACAUGGAUUCAUUCUUUCUGAAGAAAGCACUCCGUCCGGUACUGUGUUGAUUCACUAGAGGGCACUAAUCCAAGGUAGCGGAUAGUAUGGGAACAACUUGCGAGAGGAGGCCAUUCACUAGCCUGUUUUAGCUACACACACCUAGCUACUCUUAGCUAGCCGGCGGCUAACCAGCGAGCUAAAACAUCAGUUUGUCUUAAUGUCGCCUGUCUUACCAAGUGAUGGCAAGAGAACAGUGUUCACAAAUCGAAGCUGAACUCUAUUACCUCAUUGCCAGAUUUCUGCAGUCUGGACCAUGUAAAAAAGCCGCAAAGAUCCUGAUCGAGGAGCUGGAGGAGUAUGAGUUGGUCCCGCAACGAUGGAGUUGGGACGGGAAGAAAUACAAACGGAACUUCCAAGAUUGGGUGGUGUUGAACCAGCACAUUCCUGCAGACUAUUUGCUCAGGAUUUGCCAGCGGAUAGGCCCACUUAUAGAAAAGGAGAUCCCACCUUGUGUUCCUGGAGUCCAGACACUUCUGGGGCUGGGAAGACAGUCCUUGCUUCGCACCAGCAAAAGUUGUAGCCACAAGGUAUGUAGUGGCUCAGCUGUCGCUGCACUCCACCGAGGACGUCCACCAGAACCUCCAGUGAGCAAUGGAAGUUCUCCUAAUGUUGUGUCCAUCAUGGGUGCUCGCCAGGCCACAGGCACAGGUCGUUUUGGCCAGGUUCUGCCGUCUUCCUCCUACCAACACAUGAAGAUACACAAACGUAUCCUUGGCCACCUUUCUUCAGUCUACUGUGUGGCCUUUGACCGUACCGGUCGUCGAAUAUUUACGGGUUCUGAUGAUUGCUUGGUAAAAAUCUGGGCCACAGAUGAUGGCCGGCUCCUGGCAACACUCCGCGGUCACUCAGCAGAGAUCUGUGACAUGGCUGUCAACCACGAGAACAGCCUCAUUGCUUCUGCCAGCUGUGACAAAGUCAUCAGAGUGUGGUGCUUACGCACCUGUGCGCCCAUCACUGUGCUGCAGGCUCAUGCUGCGUCUAUCACAUCCAUACAGUUUUGUCCAGCAGCUAGAGGAACAACUCGGUACCUGGCAUCAACUGGUGCAGACGGCAUGGUGUGUUUCUGGAAGUGGCACUCGCUCACCAUGAAAUUUAAUGAUCAUCCAGUCAAGUUUAUGGAGCGUUCACGGCCCGGGGUGCAAGUCUCCACUUCAUCUUUCAGCAGUGGUGGCAUGUUCAUGGCUACUGGAGGCACUGAUCAUAUGAUCAGGGUCUACUAUCUUGGUGCUGAGUCUCCUAUGAAGGUUUCUGAGAUGGAUGCUCACACGGAUAAAGUCGUGGUCGUCCAGUUCAGCAAUAACAGUGACAGCCUAAGGUUCGUGAGCGGCAGUCGCGACGGUACGGUGAAGAUUUGGCAUUACCAGCAGCAGGAGUGGAAGAGCAUCACUUUAGACAUGGCUGCAAGGCUUCCAGGGAGCACUGCCGCCACAGGUGACGACAAAGCUAAGUUGGUGGUGACUAUGGUUGCCUGGGACCGCACUGACAGCACCAUAAUCACAGCGGUGUCAAACUACCUGCUCAAAGUGUGGAGCACAUCCACAGGACAGCUGCUGCACAUUUUGUCUGGUCAUGACGACGAGGUGUUUGUGCUGGAGGCUCAUCCAUUUGACUCCCGCAUCAUGUUAUCUGCCGGCCACGAUGGCAACAUUUACAUCUGGGACCUAACCAAAGGAGUCAAGAUCCGCAAUUUCUUCAACAUGAUUGAGGGCCAAGGCCACGGUGCUAUUUUUGACUGCAAGUUCUCAGCAGAUGGGCAGCAUUUUGCCUGCACUGACUCACACGGCCAUUUGCUCAUCUUUGGUUUUGGCUGCAGCAGACCAUAUGAAAAGAUUCCCGACCAGAUGUUCUUCCACACGGACUAUCGCCCUCUUAUCCGUGACUCUAAUAACUACGUCCUGGAUGAGCAGACGCAACAGGCGCCACACCUCAUGCCUCCACCCUUCCUUGUGGAUGUCGACGGGAAUCCUCAUCCUCCUCACUACCAGCGCCUGGUGCCUGGACGGGAGAACUGCAAGGAAGAGCAGCUAAUACCUCAGAUGGGAUACAUGGCUAACAAUGAUGGAGAGUUGGUUGAGCAGGUUCUUGGCCAGCAAACGGCAGAAAAUGGAGAAAGCCCGUUGGACAAUCUCAUCAGACAGCUGCAGAAUGAACAAGAUGAGCGUCAGAAUGCAGAGCAGGAGGCAGAAGGGGAAGAAGCUGGUGAAGGCGCAGAGGCGGUGCCCUCCUCUCCAGUUGUUGCACUUCGCAGAAGUGGGCAGGUGGAUGGGGUGUGGCAAAUGCAGCAUAACGCCCUUCCCAGUCAGGUGGCCACCGAGAGGGACCUGCUGGCCUGGAGCCGCAGAGUGGUGGUCAAUGAAGUGCUGCAGGGGAUAUUCAGAGUUUCAGAGGAGUGCAGACAAGCCAAAGGUGACAUUGAAUGUUCUCUAUACUACACUGAGAGGAAGAAGAAACCAGUAACCUGUGCACCUAAGAGCGAUCUCUUGUCUUCACGCCUGCGCUCCCUGCGGCCCACGAAGAAAACUCAUAAGCGCCAUGCCUAUCAAACCCGGUCAGCUCAAAUCCGGCGUCCUGGAACCAGGAGUAGAAAUCCCAGCAACCGACGUACCUCUAACAGCCAGAUGGACUCAGAGAGUGAUGGAGAAGCAGAAGAACAGGUGGAGCAAACCGAUCCAUCUUCAGAUGGUGAUGCUCGGUGGCAGAGUGAAAGCAGCUCCAGCGAUUCCUCCAGUGAAUAUUCUGAUUGGACAGCGGAUGCUGGGAUCAAUUUGCAGCCGCCAAAGCGACCUACCAGGAGACCUGUACAGCCUCCAGAUUACAGCAGCUCUGAGGAAGAAGGAGAUAACGAAGCCAAGGAGGCAAGGACGAGGGAAAAAGAGAAGAGGAAGAAGAAGUCCAAGGAGACCAAACAAAAACCCACAUCCUCUCUGGGUGGACUUGAUGCGGAAGAGUGGCUGCCGCCAUCUUGGAUUAUGGAGACUGUCCCCCGCCGCUCUCCUUUUGUUCCACAAAUGGGAGAUGAACUCAUCUACUUCAAACAGGGCCAUCAGGCUUACGUCCGGGCUGUUCGCAGAGCUAAGGCUUAUAGCAUCAACCCUCAGAAGCAGCCGUGGAACAGACUCAACCUCAGGGAUCAGGAAUCUGUGAAAGUGGUUGGAAUUAAGUAUGAAGUGGGACCUCCUACCCUCUGCUGCCUAAAAGUGGCGUUCUUGGACCCAGUCUCAGGGAAAAUGACCAAUGAGUCUUUCUCCUUAAAGUAUCAUGACAUGCCCGAUGUCAUUGAUUUUCUGGUACUGCAGCAGUUUUACAACGAGGCUAAAGAACACAACUGGCAACCUGGCAUGAGGUUCCGCAGCAUCAUUGACGACGCCUGGUGGUUCGGCUCUGUGGAGGAUCAAGAGCCCCUGCAGCCAGAGUAUCCCGACAGCCUGUUUCAGUGCUACGCAGUAAAAUGGGAUAACGGUGAGCGGGAGAAAAUGAGUCCCUGGGAUAUGGAGCCUAUUCCUGAGGAAGCUGCUUUGCCAGAGCAGGUUGGUGAUGGUGUAGAGGUGGCAGAAGAGGAGCUGAAAGCUCUACUCUAUGAGCCUCAGGAAGGUGAAUGGGGGGCUCAUACACGAGAUGAAGAAUGUGAGCGAGUCAUUCAUGGCAUCGAUCAGCUUCUGACACUGGAUGUAGCCAAGGCGUUCGCAUUACCGGUAAAUUUGCAGGACUACCCUCUGUACUGCACCGUAGUGGCUUACCCCACUGACCUCAGCUCCAUCCGCACACGUCUGGAGAAUCGCUUUUACAGGCGGAUCUCUGCAUUAAUGUGGGAGGUGCGUUACAUCGAACACAAUGCCCGCACUUUCAAUGAACCUCAAAGCCCCAUUGUAGCAGCUGCCAAGGUGGUGACUGAUGUUCUCCUUCAUUAUAUCGGGGACCAAAGUUGCAUCGACGUCUUGGAUCUGUAUCGUAAACUGAAGUCUGAAGUCAGCAGUGAAGCUGAGGUUGACUUGGACGUAGAUUCAGACACUCCAGGAACAUCUACAGGACACCGGGGAGGCACUGCAAAUUCUAAGAAGCGUGGUGUGGUUCUGGAUCCGAAAGCCUGGCGAGGUCAAUGUCGAGAGCUGUUGCGUCGAAUGACAGCUUCCACGAAUUCCGAACCUUUCAGGCAGCCUGUGGAUCUCUUUGAAUAUCCGGACUAUCGAGACAUCAUUGACACUCCCAUGGAUCUGGGUACAGUGUCAGAGACCCUGGCAGUAGGAAAUUAUGAAAAUCCCAUGGAGUUUUCCAAAGACAUCCGCCUCAUUUUCAGCAACUCUAAAGCAUACACUCCUAACAAGAAGUCACAGAUCUAUACCAUGACCCUCAGCUUGUCGGCCUUCUUUGAAAAACACAUCAUCUCCAUCAUUUCUGACUACAAGUCUGCCAUUCAGAACGAACGGCGGGCUCGUCAACAUCUCACUUACAGGAACAGAUUGCACAACGGAGGCAGCUCGCCACCUAAUAGUCCAUCCCACAGCUCUAAAGGAAAGCACAAGUCAGGGAAGGCAUCAAAGCCAAAAAAAUCCCAGACCUCAACAAAGAAUCGUUCUCAGAGAUCACAUAAAGCUCAGCAAAGCGGUAAUGUAGCAGAGGAAGAGGACGUCCAGCCUUCUUCCCCAACUUCAGGGACGAGUGUCAGGAGCAGAAAUCAAGGACCACAUCGGGUGACCCGCAGCCAAGCAACUCCCGUGAAGAAAUCAGGUCACCAGAAUAACUUGCACCUAAGUAACGGCUCCAGACAACGGCACUUGCGAGAAACGUCGCAGUCCGACGACGAAGAGGAGGCGUCAGGAUCCAACAGCUCCUCGUUGGAGUCGUCCUCCACCUCGUCGUCGUCAUCAUCAUCAUCCUCCUCCUCCUCCUCAUCGUCGGACAGCGACAACAGCUCUGACUCUGAGGUGGAAAAGUACGUGGAGGGAGGAGGAGAUCACGACUACAGCAAAGCCCCCUGCCUGUCAGUACGCCUCUCAGCUAAGGGUAAGGUGGCAGCCUCAGAAAAGAGGAGACACAAAGGAGGAGAGGACACAGAGGCACAGGGACCUAAACGAGCACGACUGCAGCUUGAGGUAGAGGAGCAGGAGGAUGAUGAGGAGGAAGAGGAGGAGGAAGAGGCAGGCCGCAGGACAGUUCGAUACGGAGACGACUCGGAGGAUGAUGGCCAUGGGUCGAAAGACGACCCUCUAAACCUGGGCAUGUCCCGCUCAGGACGGGUACGCCGUAUGACUGAGAAAGCCCGUGUCAGCCACCUUAUGGGCUGGAGUCACUGA